AUGGAUCGAAAGGAAGAUGGCAGCUUUUCCAUUUUCGACUCAUGGUGUUAUUCAGACAACUGUAAUCUACCCACGUCUACAAGAUCGUUGAUUUCCAUCGCUCUGGUUUCCUUGUGCGCUUCCUCAGAUGAAGGAAUCCCCCUCGAAGGUAAGAAAACGUUGAUUCCACUAAAGAACGAAGCCCGCGUUGGAAUUCUUAUGCAAUCAGAUCAAUGAAAGAAGCCCAUGUGGAUUCGAUGAAGCGGUCAAAACUGGAAGCAGAAUCUAUAUUACUUAAUGUAUGGGCUUUUCUGGGCUUGUCUUAGUCAACUCUUUGGCUUUGCCAGCCAGGUCAAAAUGUGGAAAGCUACCUGUGCGUCCGAAGUCAGACGCGUUGACCUCUCGGUGAGGGCACACGAUCAAGGGCUGUGAUCUAAUUGAUCAAAUUUCUUUUCUUGUAAAUUUCAAUAUUCAGAAUAAGAGUUAUCAACACAAUAGACAAUAAAUAAACAGCGGUUUUGGCCAAGGACUCUGUCUUUGAUUGUACAGCUCCAAUCAACUUAAAAUUUUCCAAAAUCUUCCCCAAGAUUCUCGGUCUCUAGAUAGCCUAAACCAACACAGAUAAUUCCACCCUCUUUCCUUAGAUAUCAAAGCAUAAGAACCCUCAAUUUUUCUGAAAUUAAUAAUAGUAAAAUACAGAGCAGUCUCCGAAUUAUUUGGUCACCUUCAGAAGCUUUACCUUCUUGUAUGAACGAGUACUUUGCAGCGUAGACUUGAUCUGAAAAUAUAACGCUUCUCCUUUUCUUUCUUGCUGAAGGUUAGAUCAAAGUAAAGAGUUUUUUUUUAUUUAAUUUUGAUCUUAUCUUGCUGGUCAAAUUGUGACGUGAAGAUGUUGACAAUCGGAUGAUCAUCUUUCUCUGUUCGAUGCAGACCCAAUUGAAGGAGACGGCACGUGGAUAAAGUUCAACCUGUUCUUUUCCUCCUGGUUCGUCGGGGUCCCCUUCACGCAAUAGAAAAAAACAAAGACAGGAGGAAAUAACCGAGUAAAAUAAAGAUUUCUUGCUUUCGUGAUCAAUGAGAACUUAGCGACGUAAUGGUCUGAUCAGAAGGUCUCUCCUUUUCAGGCAAGCUCGAGGAGGUGACAUCCAGAUCUCAUUCGUUUCUUUGUAGGCGCAACCCGAAGAUACAGGUCUUGGAUGGAUGCUCGACGAUGACUGAGGACAGAUACGGGUUUCUCCUUCUUUGCAGCCAUGAUCUGAGAACGCCGGGCCGCAAGGAUGGCUGGUUCUCCUCUUUUUCUCUUGCCGGAGGGUCAAACGGGGCGUCGCGUCGCGAGGGUGGGUCGUCGAGCUCAGUUUCUCUUCUCCUUUUAUCGCAGACUCGAUCAGGGGUAGCGCCGUGAGGUUGAAUCGAUCGGGCUCUGCUCCUCCCUCGUCCUGUCGCUGCGCGUUCACACACACGACGGGAAGAGAUAUUUCGCGUACUAAUCCUCUCCUUUAGAUGGGCCAUCUGGUGGGCCAUCUGGCGCGAACGGGCCACGGCCCUUUUUUUUUAAUUUUCUCCUACGAGGUAUAUAGAUCCGUUUACCCGAAUUUAUGAGAUCCAGGCCUAAUAAGACAUUUACUGUAUUUUAAUUCCAACCUAUAUACAUAUAUUAAAUAUAAUCCAGACCCGAUCUGGAACCGGGGGGGGGGGAGACUCUGCCUGCCGGAAUGGAGACCGGAAGGAGAGGAAGAAGAGAGAGAGAGAGAGAGCUGCAGAGCGAGAGUGUGCUGGGUCUCGUCUGCAGGAGAGGGGAAGCUCUAGAGCGAGCGUGGGGAGUGCGCGGAGGGAGCUGAGAUUGCUGCGGUUCGACGGCAGCAAGUGAGGAGUCGGCGGAGAGCUGUGGAGAGUGGAAGCCAGGAAAGGAGAAGAGCGGCCGUGUUGUUCUCUUCUCCUCCCCCUCUGUACGCCCUUCUUGAGGUAAUACGACUACAUUCGGUGUUCCAUUCUCGCAGUAGGUAGGAUCUCGGGGAGUUCCGCAGGUGACGUGGAAGCUGCUCGACGUUGACGGAGCAACGGACGAGGCCGGUCUCGGGCGGUUAAACGGAGAACCGGAGUAUCCACCCGUGACAAUCGGUCAAGGGGGCUCCGGUUGUGUCUACAAGGGGGAGUUGCUGGGCAAACAGUGGUGGUGAAGAAAUUGUAUACUCAUGAUGUCCAAGGUCGACUAGAGUUUCAUACUUAGAUGCUCACAUCAUUCGCUUCCCCUGAUCAGGAAGCUUACCCAUGUCUAAAUGAGGGCAUUACCCCUAGCCGCUGACUAUCCCAGAUAUUAUUAUAUUUAGCACGAAUAAUCCCGUGGAGCAUAACUAGAAAGACGGAAUGAGCUUACAUCAAUGUGAUUCUGUUCACUGGUGGUGAUUAAGAAAGAUUCAUUAAUCCCGUUGGCAUAUCCAGGCUCUGCUCUUAGCAAACUCAAACACCGCCAUUUUUCUUGAGUUUAGGAAAAUAAAUGAAGGUUUUACUACCAAAACAUGACUUUGAUCGUUAAGAUCUAUUAUUGAUCCCUCAAAGUUAUUGUGCAUAAUAUGUUGACAAAACCUUUCGUUUGACAUCAUUUGAACAAUAAAUCCAAUCUCGACACUUGCAUCAGGUGCUGAAUUUUUUUAAAAAAAGAGAGUAAGAAUCAUUCUGACCUUUGAAUUGUACGUUUUUAUACCUAGAACAAGUGUGUAUUGUAAAUGUCAAUACUUGAGACCAAAACUAAAGGCAGACUCGCAAGAGUCAAACCCUAAGAAUUGGAUGCCAACAAUUACUCCCCAUACGUUGACCCUUAUGUGA